GGAACAACGGCAGCAGGAACAACGACAGCAGCAGGAGCAACGGCAGCAGCAGGAGCAACGACAGCAGCAGGAGCAACGGCAGCAGCAGGAGCAACGACAGCAGGAACAACGGCAGCAGGAACAACAACGGCAACAACAGCAUCCUCCUCAUCCGCAUCCUCACCACCCUCGUCCUCAUCCGAACGCUCACCCACCACCGCCCCAACCACUCUACCAUCAUCCUCAUCCCACCGUGAAUGGCUCGUCGACCGUCGAUCAGCCCUCUCGUGGCACUAUGUGGAACCCGGUUAAUCCUGGACAUAACGGACCUAGUGCUGGCAUGGGUCCCGGAGCCGCAUCCGGUCCUGGAAACACCUUCGACAUUAGGGGGGAGAUGCCCGGCCGUCGAACCCCUCCACAACCGAUUCAACCAUCACAGUCGGUAACAAUAAAACACGAAGCCCCCACCAACAACAUCACCGCCCCCACCACCACCACCACACGUAUGUUGAGAAGCAAGUCCAUCUCACAACAGCAACAGCUACAACAAAAACAACAACAGCAACAGCAACCACCUCAGACCGUCCACAGCAUUGCCCCGGGUCCCCCGCCGUUGCAGCCUCGCGCGAAUUACGCGCCUGUGCAGAACCAUCACCCGGCGCCACCGGCCGUCCUACCGGCCGCUUCACCGAUUGGACUACACCAACAACACCACCCACAGAAGGACAUCGCUGUGCUGCUGCAGAGUCGGAUCAAUAGCGCGAUGGAAAAGCAUUUGAGAAGUUUGGAGGAGCUCAAGGCGUCCACCGAAGACGCGAACGCUUUCAUCCAGAACGUAUCAAGUCAUCACGUUCGUUGGCAGGAGGAGGUCCAGAAUUUGGCGAUGGAGAGAGAUACCCUGCUUGCGAACAAUAGGGAUCUAAGGGCAUGGGGAGAUGAUCUGCAGCGAGGAAACUUGGAGCUCCAGCAAUUCGAGAGAAAAUUCCAUGAUGCUAGUCGGCACAUUGCACAAAUCGAAGACGAAAACCGACGUCUUCGAAGCGACGCCGAACUCGUCUCACGGCUACAGGCCAAUCUUGCGCAUCGGGAAGCGCAGUUGGCGAAUGCUCGGAUGGUAUUGCGGCAGAAUGGCUUCGAUGCGUCGGGAGAAAGGGCUUCGUCGGUCGGCCCCGGUGAGCGCAGGACUAGGAGGGAGCUCGAUGAAUGGGUAUCACGGGGAUAUGCCGACGCAUGUAGACAUGAGAAGGAACUCAAGGUGCUCGUGGACGGUGUUGAGAGCGCUGGUUGGAAGGAUCUCAAUGGCAGGUUGCACACGCUCAAGGCGUACUUGGCGGAAAUGAAAAGGGAGAGGGAGCAGAAAGAGGGCGAGUGGAAGCGGUACAUUGGGCAUAUUUAUGGAAGCCAAUCACCGAUCCCGCCCUCGCGCGACGAUGCCGGCGAUGAUGCGGAUGAUGAGGGUGAGGGAAAAGUCAUUGUGAACGGCAUCAAGGUUGCCCAUGCCAUUCCAACGCCAUCCAAUCCAGUCAAGUCGGAGCGUACCAGUGGUCCAAACACCCCCACAUCCAACAAUACGAUCGCUAGGGAGGAUGCGGUCCAAAAAAUGGAGGUCGAUUCAUGAGCGGUUGUCUCCUUUUCGCGACAUGCAUCUACCACCCAACCCCCGGCAUGCGAUACCUUUCUCUGUACAUUUGACAUCGAUUCCGUUUCUGCAGCUGGUGCGAUGCAUGCAGAAACCGUAUUGGUGCUAUUUUAGCUUUCCCCUUUCCUUUAAUGGUUGUUUUUGUACUAUUUUGGGCGGGGCAUUUCUUACAUACCACCUACCCCCCGCGCCAUUUAAAUGGGUUCUUCGGCGUCUGCAUUUUUUUCUUUCUUUUUCUUUUUCUUUUUUCUUUCUUUUUUCUUUUCUUUUCUUUCCCCCUGCGCUUACUUUUGCCCGCAGCCGUUUUUUUUCUCGUCCGACCUUGCCAUGUCGUCC